GGAGGGGCUUAACUCCAGUGGAGCCAGAUUCACAUAUAAAAGGCUCCUUUUUUCUCCAGACUCUCUGUAUUUGCCGCCUAGUUUGUGUUCGGGCAGCAUGAUGGACAAAAAUGUCUGCUGGUGACUGUGACCGUUCUGGGCACAAGGUGACGUCUAAACACAGAUAUCUGUCUACAAGGAUAGGGACCCCCGUCUUGCGGACACCUAUGAAUAAUAACAGGUGUCCUUCAUGUCGUCCUUCUCUUCCGCCUGAGGCCGAACCAUCCAUAUCGGAAGGUGUAAUACGGGUAAAGACAGUGGAGAAGACCCAGAGACUACUUAAAUCCAUCCGGUCAGGGGACCAGGAUGUUGAUCCCGGGGAAGGGCCAAGGGGCCUUCAAAGUGGACGAGUCUCUUUCUCUCGUAUGAAGCUACAGUGAAGGCAUCCUGAGAAGGCACCGGUGAUCACAAAGUGGUUCUAGUCCAUGUUUCCGAUUGUGGGGACUCAGCUGGAAUGAAGUUCUGCGCCUGAGGUUGACUUAGCGUUUGCAACGUUGACUUAGUCCCUGCUGUGGACGGGUCAAACUUGCAGGACCCUAUGGACCGACGUGUAGAAUGCACUUUUUGAAGUUCCUACUCAGGACCCUCCGCUGUCUGCUGUUCUACAGUUUAUGCCGGACGGGCUGGAUAAGGCCUCAGCCCUUCUACACUUAAGGUUACAGCCUAAUGUCGAUACCCGACAGAAGCAGCUUUCAGCAUGGAGUUCCCUAGUCUUGUCUUACUGCCGCCAUAACAAGUUAUACAUCACGAAUGUCAUGGAAAUACAAGAAAGUCCCCUGUUCAACAACAAGAAAAUACAAAGAAAGCUUUCUUUGGAAUCCGUACAGGUGGUCCUAGAGGAACUCAGGAAAAAAGGUAACUUAGAAUGGCUGGAUAAAAACAAAACCAGAUUCCUAAUAAUGUGGAGAAGGCCAGAAGAAUGGGGAAAAGUGCUUUACCAAUGGGUUUCAAAGAACGGGAUGACCAAUUCUGUCUUUACGCUUUACGAGCUGAUCCACGGAGACGACACGGAAGGCGAAGAAUUCCAUGGGUUGGAUGAAGCCAUGCUCCUCAGAUCACUGGAAGCGCUGCAGAUGGAACACAAAGCGGAGAUCAUUACACUAAGUGACAGCAAGGGGGUGAAAUUCUUUUAAUGUCCCCCCCCCCC